AUGAAGGGGUUGAGUAGAAUGCUUGACAAGGCCAAGCCGUUGCAAUGGAUCAAUGGUUUUGAUGUGGGAAAAGUCAAUCCUGUUAACAUCUGUCAUUUGCUCUAUGCAGAUGACACACUGAUUUUCUGUGGGGCAGACAGGAAUCGGGUACUCUUUUUGAAUCGAACUUUGUUUAUUUUUGAAGCUCUUUCAGGUCUCCACAUUAACAUGCUGAAAAGUGUCAUGUACCCUGUUAAUGUAGUGAACAAUUUGAAGGAAACAACAGAGAUUCUAGGUUGCGGUGUUGGAUCUUUCCUAACCACCUACCUAGGUCUUCUUCUUGGGGCUAAAUUCAAAUCCUCUAACAUUUGGAGUGGAAUCAUAGAAAAGUUUGAGAAUAAGCUUGCAUCCUGGCAAAUGAAUUGCCUUUCAAUGGGUGGUAGGCUAAAUGUUGACCCUAAUCAACAGUGUGCUCAACAGCAUUCCAACCUAUGCUAUGUCACUUUUUCCUAUACCAAAUAA